AGGCCGGUGUCUUCUCUCCCUGGGCAGGUGAAGGAUGCCAGUAAGAGAAACCAGAAGAGAGCCAGCGAGGACAGAGACUGGGUCUGGGGUCGAUUUCUGCUCUGCCAAAUCCCACGGUCAAGCCACUCAACCUUUCUCUGCCUCCGGCUCCUGAUUUAUAAAGGGGACUGAUCAUCAGUGAUGUGUAGGUGAAGUCCAUGUCUGGAACCAGUUUUCACUGGUGUUGUGGAUGCCCGUGUUCACCUCUUUGGAAAACUCUGACAAUGUUUCUGCUGCAAAUGAUGAUAAAAUGCUUAUUUUCAGGGCUGGAGUUCACCACUUUGAACUUCAUGUAACCAUGUAACAGUUGUUCCACUGAACACCUGUCCUUUUCCACCCCUGGGGAAAGCCAGCUCUCAACAGAUUUUCAGGGGAAUCCGAAAGUUUAAGAGCUCUGGAACCGGAAGUCACCGCCAUGUGGAGGGACUGGGUGAGCUCAGGGAGACAGAGGACUGCGACCCGGACUGCCAGGAUCCCAGCCCGGCCACCUCCCGGCUGCGUGAACCUGGUGGAUGUGCAGCCUUCCUAUCUGUGAGAUGGGGACAGUGAGAGACCGAUGGCCUGGGUCGUGGGAUUAAGGAAAUGACGCACGUUACUCAUGUGGCGAGGCACUGUGGCGCUUCUGUCAGCGUGGCCACCAUCUUUAUCAGCGCCGCCCUCCUCCUCGCCCUGGUUCCGUCCACUGUGUGGCAGGCCUGUGCUGGGGGAGACAGCCGGAGGCUGAAGGGGGCCAUCCAGAGGAGCACGGAGACAGGCCUGGCAGUGGAGAUGCCCAGCCGGACGCUGCGCCAGGCCAGCCACGAGUCCAUCGAGGACAGCAUGAACAGCUACGGCUCGGAGGGCAACCUUAACUACGGGGGAGUUUGUCUGGCAUCGGAUGCCCAGUUCAGUGACUUCCUGGGCAGCAUGGGGCCAGCGCAGUUUGUGGGCCGCCAGACCCUGGCCACCACACCCAUGGGUGACGUGGAGAUCGGCUUACAGGAGCGGAAUGGUCAGCUGGAAGUGGACAUCAUCCAGGCUCGGGGACUGACAGCCAAACCAGGCUCCAAGACACUGCCAGCGGCCUACAUCAAGGCCUACCUGCUAGAGAACGGGGUCUGCAUCGCUAAGAAGAAGACCAAAGUCGCUCGCAAGUCGCUAGACCCGCUGUACAACCAGGUGCUGCUGUUUCCUGAGAGUCCCCAGGGCAAAGUUCUGCAGGUGAUCGUGUGGGGGAACUACGGGCGAAUGGAGCGGAAGCAGUUCAUGGGUGUGGCCCGCGUGCUGCUGGAGGAGCUGGACUUGACCACCCUGGCCGUGGGCUGGUACAAGCUCUUCCCCACCUCCUCCAUGGUGGACCCAGCCACAGGCCCCCUGCUCCGGCAGGCAUCCCAGUUGUCCCUUGAGAGCACCGUGGGGCCCUGUGACCUUCCCUCUCCCAGCGGGCUGGCGCACUUUGACUUGGCUGGCCUUGACCUGGUGGAUGUGGCUGCAGUCGGAAGAAGACGGAGGUGGCAGAGCAAACCCCCCACCUGCCCAAACACUGUCCCACCUCUUCCCCUUUUGCCUCCUCGGAAGCUGCUGCCCAGAGCCAAGUCGAGGACCCAGCCGGCCAUCUCCAUGGUGCCAAUUACCAGCAAGUGUCUUUCCUGCGGCACCGGGUUCAGGCAGGACACCUGCCCCAGAGCCGACCGGGCAGCUUUGCAAGGAUCCGGAGCCAGCUCCUGGGGCCCACAACCCCCACUUGAAGAGGAGCUUGGGCCUCCCUCUGCCUGCCCGUGGAAGGAGCUUUGCCGCAGCUGUCCGAGUCAAUCUGUCCAUCCCCUCCUGCCUGCCCCUCUGCCGGUGGCUCUAGGAAUGGAGGUCCAGCAGGAACUGAAGGAAAGGAGGCAAGGGGACCCUUUGCUCCAUGGCACUGUGACAGACUCGUCUGGGAACUGUGGGUGGACUGGAAGGACACUGUCACCUGUGUUUUGGUAGAAGUGCUGUGGGACCCUGAGGUUCCAGAACCCCUGCCCAGGGAGAUCGCCGUCUCAGCACGUGGGGGAUGCUGGGUUGGAGGGGGCUUGGGGAAAGCUAGGAUUGGGACCGGCGGUGCCAUGGUAAGGGUUUCCAAUAGGGGGACCCUUCUUGUUGGAUGAGAUUGAAGGUCAUCUUUUCUACCCCUCUGCCUCAGUUUAGGGAAGUUUUGGGGCGGCAUUAGAGCCCCCCGUUUUAGUCUUUGUCAAUCAUCCUGCACUGAAGGCACAGCCCCUUGGUUCCCUUGAUCGGCUUGGUUCAAGGGAAGGAGUGGGAUGCUGCAGGGGCUGAGAUUUGGGAGCCUGGGCGGCUGCCUUCCCUGCUGGGCCCCGAGCCCUUUCGCAUGCCAGGGAGGCCUCUGGAGGCCGCAGGCUGGCUGGUCUGUCUUUAUAGAAGCACAUUUCCGCCACCUCCCCAAGGCGCGGCAGCAUGCCUUCCUCUUCACCUGGUCCCUGCGGGGUAGGGCGUAGUCCAGGUAGCCGGCAGACUUAGUGUUCCCACUGGGGCCUGUUCCUAGCUCCGGCCAGUCUUUUACGGGGUGGAGAGGAGACCCGAGGACUUUCCAGGAGCUCGUCUCCUGGCUGGCUGGGCCCUGCUGGUAGCCGCUGCUCCUCCUCCUCCCCUUCCUUCCUCUUGCUGUAGGGUCGUAGUUGAGCUGCCCGCUGUACUCAGCGUUCUGAUUACUUGCCCUUGGUACUGAUUUUCUUUAUAAGGCACUCCUGAGGGUGGCCGAGCCUUGCCGACAGGGCCUGGGCGCCAUCAGGGCCCAUUUUCCACUGGGAACACCUGAGCUGUUCGGUUCCACCGAGAAUUGCUUCCACGUGGAACUCUCGGUCCCCCAGCCUGGUUAGGCCCAGGGUGUCCUUUAAAAUUCUGGUUGCGUUCCCUCGCCUCCAUGGAACUUCUUAGUUGCACGGCAAGAAGCGCGGGAGAUGCUCCUCUUGUCCACGAGGCCUUCAGAACCUCUCAGGAUCGUGCAGGGGUGAAUCCUGAGGCUGGGGCCCGAGGGAGCAGGGCUCGGUGGGCUCCCAUCCAAGGCCCACCAGCAGCCCCUCCCCCAUUUUUUUUAAACAUUGUGAUUUCUCUGAUGUUUGUUUAUUAUACACCAUUUGAAAUGUUUUGAGCCAGGAGAGGAGAGAGGGCUUCUCUUUCUGUCCAUCAUUGCUGUGGUUUGUUCAGGGGCCACUUUUCAAGGAUGGGGCAGAGCCUGGCUGUCCCAAGCAGAGGGGGAGGGAGCUCAUGCUGACUUGUCCUCCCCCCUCCAUCUGAGCCCUCCCUUGGGUGUCUGCAGAGCCUUGGGGUGGGGGGAGGAGAGAGAGAGAGAGAGAGAGAGAGAGAGCUCUCCAAAGCAAUAAUUACCCCCUGGGGUGGUCAGCGAGGCCCCCCCAAUGAUUUUCUUGUUUGUUCUGUGAAAUCUCACUCACCUCCUGGAGGGGUGGGGUGGGGGCUGGAGCCCUGUUUCUUUGUAUCAUCAUCGUGAGCACGUGCCCUCCUACGAGGGGCUGUGACCAUUGGGUAUGGGAACCAUCGUCUGUCCUCGCCAAAGGAGGGGGGUUGGGGAGGGGGAGUGAUUAUUUUCAUCAUUAGCUUUGGGCAGCCUUCAAGCCCAGCCUGUCCCCGCUGCUGUCUGAUCCUUUGCCAACUCAGACUCCACCAUUUGGAUAGGAGCAGAAAGGGUGGAGUUGGGGGGCCUUUCUAGCGCUGGGGUCUCUAGGGGACAAUUCUUUUCUCCAUCUCUGGGCAGAGGUCACAUUCAGGGGUGCCAUGGGAGGGUGUCAUCUCCACCGUCCUUGUCCAGAUGCCUUUGCAUACUAAGGGAAAGGGCUUUGGGGACCUUUAGUCCAUUUCCACUUUAUAGAUGACAUCUAGCCUGGCACAGGAGGAGCCACCCCGGGGUCACCUGGGCACUCAGUGGCACCCUGAGCCUGGGCUUCCUCCUCCCAACUGGCUGAGCUGGAGCCAUACCAGGAUGAAGGGGCUGCCACUUGCCACACUCCCUUUCCCUCUCCUCAGAGCCUCCUAAUGGUCCGCAAAUAGGGGCAGGACAAAUUAUAAUCCUACAAAAGCCUAGGCAGCUGAAGCCCAGCAGUGGGAACGACUUGCCCAGGACCCGCUGCAAGUCAGCGGCUGGGGCGGAAGAGGGCUCCUUCAGGCUUCCUUCCUGCACCAGGAGACGGUCGUGCCAGGGCAGGUGCCAGGACCAUAUUCCAGCUCAGCCCCGGGCUGCACACCCCUGCUCUGCUCCACCUACUGGGCCAGUGUCUUUUCUGGGUUUCGGGGAGAGGGUUGCCAGGGGACCGAGGCUUCCCAGCAGGCUGCCCAGCUGACCGAGGGCCUGCAGGAUUUGACCAGGCUUGGAUGUGUGGGUGGGGCUUCUGUCCAGGGCCAUAGCUCUCCAGGCCUGGCUGGAGGGAGAGUUAGAAACACCAGCUUCAGCCAGGGCACAGGGAGUGCGCAGAGGCACCCACCCUCUGGGGACUUCCCCGCUCUCCUUCACCUGUGCCAGGCCUGCCUCCUCUAGUGCUCUCCACACUUGCAGGUUCAUACCCUUGACCCCCACAGGAGCCCUGGGUAGUAGGUGGAGGGCAGCCUGUGUUGUGGACUCCAUCAAGAGGGCAAGGUGAGAGGAGAGUGCUUGGGGAAGGUCCCGCUGGGAGGGAGUGGCUGAGCCCUGACCAGCAUCUCUAAGCUCACUCUUCCCCAGGAGGUCAGCUGGAAGUUCAGGGGACGGCUGUCCACUCUACAGCCUGAUUCGCCACCCAGUUCCUUAGGCCAGGAGCCCCGGGGGUGCUUCAGUGUUCGGAACCCCACGAGCUCCACUCCUUUCAGAGGCACAGCUGUUGCAUCAGGCAAGGUCACCUGCAUUUAUUUAUUGAGCAGCAGUGCUGUGCUGGGCCAAGGGGACCGACCCCCUCCCUCCCCCUGUACCAGCUCCCCUGCCCUCUGGGAGGGCCCAUGUCCGUAGAGCAGCACCUCAGAGGACGAAAGUGUUUGAGCCCCAGAGCUCACCUGACGAGGCCCGAGGGCUGGGCUCAUGCCCAUUUCACCCAAAGCGUCUGUGAGGGCCGAGUGGAGGCCGGAAUGGGGGCAAAGGUGUCACCUCUGAGCCCUUUGAUGCUACAGCUGCCUCCUAUAGGGGGUGGUGGGUUAACGGGACCCUGGGUCCUCAGGCUGGGGGCCCUCCCACCCACCUUUUCCUUAUGCCCUCUCCAGGAGCAGGACCGCCCAGACCUUUGGGGAGGGAGGGUUUCUGGGGCCCCUGGGUUGGAGUGGGUCACAUUGCAUUGUGUUCAUGACCAUGUAGCUCAUGUUAACAUUAAAGUUUUUGGCUUUUCUAA